AUGAUAUUGGCCCUCACCCAAUCCACCCAGCUCCCGCUUCGUGCCCUGGCAGGUGCCCGGGUGAUCAUGGCAUGCCGGGACCUGGAGAAGGGGGAGUUGGCGGCUGAGCAGCUCCGCGCUACCAUGUGCAAUGACAACAUUGUGGUCUACAAACUGGACCUGGCAUCGCUUGACUCCAUCCAUUGCUUCGCCAAGGAGGUGACGGAGAACGAGGUGAAGAUCGACAUCCUCAUCAACAACGCAGGAGCCCCCAUUGGACCGAGGGAGGUGACUGAGGAUGGCUUCGAGUUGCAGAUUGGUGUCAACCAUUUUGGCCACUUCCUGCUCACCAUCUUGCUUCUGGAGAAUCUCAAGACCUGCGUGCCCAGUCGAAUCAUCAACGUUUCGAGCCGAGCCCACAGAAUUGGAAAGAUUCGUUUCAAUGACAUCAACAUGAAGGAGUGCUAUGAUCCCCUUGUCGCUCACUGCCAGAGCAAAUUGGCCAACAUUCUCUUCACCCGGGAACUGGCCCACAGACUCCAAGGGGCGCUGCAGACGAGCCACAGGCGCGGUGAUGUUGCAAAGGGACAUUCAGCCGUCCUCAAGUAUCCGAUUGGUCCAUGGAAUGGCGACCGAUGA